AUCAACUUGGCAGUGAACAAAGUAGACGUGGUGCUCAUAGUCUGGGGCAGAGAAGACGAUAGGCCUAACAGCUAGAUGUCCUGCCUGGUGAAGACGGCUCCAGCGCUGCUACCGUGACGUCAUCGAAUUUUCGUGUGCCCCGUGGUAACCGGUGGCAACGCUCUAUCAAGCAUUGGUUUUCUCCCGUUUCAGAGUAUGUACGGGAGGACAACAUGAAAUAUGCAAGUGACAUCGGAAAUCGGAGUUAUUGCUGGCUCGUUUAUUAGACAAACAGUGCCUCGGCCAAGAAUUGCCUGAACAGGUGGAGCGGACGCCUGGAUGUGUACAGAGCCACGCGGGCAUGUCGCCAGGACACCAACAUCAUUCGCAUCACCACCAUGGACACCCUCACGAUGUCGGACCACAUGGUUUGCACUCCUACAACACCUUCAUCAAGGACUUCUUCGUUGGUGGAUUUGCAGCGGGGAUUUCGAAGACAGCCGUCGCGCCAAUAGAAAGAGUCAAGCUUAUCCUUCAGCUGCAGGAUGCGUCGGCUCAGAUCUCAGUUCGGAAGCAAUACAAAGGUAUCAUUGACUGUUUCCGCCGGAUCCCCAGGGAGCAGGGCUUCGCCUCUCUAUGGCGAGGAAACCUGGCCAACAUCAUCACCUACUUCCCGACACAAUCAUUGAACUUCGCAUUUAACGAGGAGUACAAAUGGCUUUUCAUGGAAGGGAUCGACCCAAACAAGCAUUUCUGGAAAUACUGCUGUGGAAAUUUCGCGUGUGGGGGCGCGGCUGGAGCCACCGCCCUUUGCUUUGUGUAUCCCCUUGAACUUGUUCGUACCCGUCUCGCAACAGAUGUCGGGAGGAGCAAGCACCAACGGGAAUUCACCAGCAUGAGAGACUGUUUCUCUAAAAUCGUAAAGACUGACGGAGUGGCAGGACUUUAUAAGGGAUUUAUCGUGGCUGUACAGGGUAUAGUGAUAUAUCGCGCCGCAUACUUUGGCGGGUUUGAUAUUGCUAAAAGGCUCCUCACGGAAGACCCACACAAUACAAACUUCUUCGUGGCCUGGUUGAUCGCCGAAUUUGUCACGACCGCCUCUGGCCUCAUCUCAUAUCCUUUCGACACCGUCCGCAGACGUAUGAUGAUGCAGUGUUGCCGUAAAGACUUACUCUACCAAGACUCGCUUCACUGUUGGUCAGAGAUACUAGAAAAGGAGGGACUUCGAGCAUUUUAUAAAGGAGGCUGGUCCAAUAUCAUUCGAGGAACUGGUGGUGCCCUAGUGCUCGCCUUAUACGACGAAAUUAACAAGUACAUUUAAUGUGCCUUGAAAUGUGAACUUCAAUCAUUAUAUAUACCAAGAAAAUUCUACCUUGCUCAAGGACUUUGCAUGUGCUACUGUUAUCAGGGUUUGGUUUCAUAGCGUUAUAUAUUUGUCAUCAGUGCCUUCGACAUUUGAUCGGGUAUGCAUCAUGGAUUGUGAAUUAAAUCAUAUUUAU